AUAUAUAUGAUUUCAUCUUUGAACCCGUGAGUGCGGAGAGUGUUACGUCUAGGUCGCGGGACUUUUUCCCGACGCGGAUGUAUGUUUUAGGGAAAUAGCUGCGCAGAGAGGGCCAUCUUUAGACUUUCUUGCCGGUUGCGAUAGUAGAUAUUCUCAAGUUCACUUUAAUUUAAUAAUAAUAAACAUAUUAUUAUAUUGUAUUAUAUAUCUUCAAAUAGGAUAAAAGAAUUGCACGUUAGGUUUGCACAAACCGAUCCUCUACAUAUUUUUCAUAAAAUUUUAUAGAACUGGAUAUUCGACAUGGAUGAGGAAUAUGAUGUGAUCGUUUUAGGCACUGGACUCACAGAAUGUAUUCUGUCGGGGAUAAUGUCUGUAAAUGGAAAGAAAAUUCUACACAUGGACAGGAAUCCCUACUAUGGAGGAGAGAGCUCCUCCAUCACUCCUUUAGAGGAGCUUUAUAAGCGCUUUGGCUUGACAGAAGGCCCACCAGAGUCAAUGGGAAAGGGACGAGACUGGAAUGUUGACCUUAUUCCCAAAUUUCUCAUGGCGAAUGGUCAGCUGGUCAAGAUGCUCCUCUACACAGAAGUGACCCGGUAUCUGGACUUCAAAGUUGUGGAGGGAAGCUUUGUUUACAAGGGAGGAAAGAUUUACAAAGUCCCUUCAACUGAGUCUGAGGCACUUGCAUCAAACUUAAUGGGGAUGUUUGAAAAGAGAAGGUUUCGUAAGUUUCUAGUUUUUGUGGCCAACUUUGAUGAGAAUGACCCUAAGACGUUUGAGGGUGUUGAUCCCAAACUCACCACCAUGAGGGAUGUCUACAAGAAGUUUGACUUGGGCCAAGAUGUUAUAGACUUCACCGGCCAUGCUCUUGCGCUCUACAGAACAGACGAUUACAUGGACCAGCCCUGCUUGGAGACCGUCAAUCGCAUCAAGCUGUACAGUGAGUCCCUGGCUCGCUAUGGGAAGAGCCCCUAUCUGUACCCCCUCUAUGGCCUGGGGGAGCUGCCUCAGGGAUUCGCCAGAUUAAGUGCAAUUUAUGGAGGAACAUAUAUGCUGAACAAGCCAGUUGAAGAGAUUGUGAUGGAGAAUGAUCAUGUGGUGGGAGUCAAGUCAGAGGGAGAGGUUGCACGAUGUAAGCAGUUGAUCUGUGACCCCAGUUACAUUCCGGACCGGGUUCGCAAGUCUGGCCAGGUCAUCCGUGUCAUCUGUGUGCUUAGCCACCCCAUAAAAAACACUAACGAUGCCAAUUCCUGCCAGAUUAUCAUCCCCCAGAACCAAGUAAACCGAAAUUCAGACAUCUAUGUCUGCAUGAUCUCCUACGCCCACAAUGUGGCGGCCCAGGGGAAGUACAUCGCCAUUGUCAGCACCACGGUAGAGACCAAUGAGCCAGAGGCUGAAAUCGAACCUGCUUUGGAGCUCUUGGAACCCAUUGACCAGAAGUUUGUGGCCAUCAGCGACCUUCUUGAGCCCACUGACGAUGGCACAGAAAGUCAGAUAUUUGUGUCCCGGGCAUAUGAUGCCACUACCCACUUUGAGACGACCUGCAAUGACAUCAAGGACGUCUAUAAGCGUAUGACAGGCAGUGAUUUUGACUUUGAGAACAUGAAGCGCAAACAGAACGACGUGUUUGGGGAAGAUGAACAGUGAAGAGUGGUGAUGGCUGCUGGGAGAGGGUAAGGCAAGGUUAGGGAGGGUUAGGGAGAGGGGUAGAGCCUGGGGUGUGGAGAGAGGACAUGGAAGGACCUUCAACUUCACAAGUCCAUCUGGUUUACCUCUGUCUUCUAAUCCUGGGUGCAUUGCAUACACACACAUAUACAGUACAUAUCCUUCUCUUACUUCCUCUGUAUCACACAAUGACUCCGAAAUGCAGGGUUGACACUUUUACACAGGCUGCCUUGCAGACAAAUAACAGUAAAAGUCUGGAUAACUGAUAUUUGCCUUUACUGUUCAUCUAAAACCACAAUGACAUUUGGAUACAUUUUUGAUCGCAAACACUGGAUCAAGUACAGUUUACUUGGUGGUAACAUUGUACUUUUACCAUAAUACUCCAAUGUAAUGCAACGGGCAGAGGUAUAAAAUGACAGAAACCAGGAAUAACUGAUCAGUGUCAUAAAUUGAGGGAAAAUUGCAUCCUGGCAGUGUGCCUUCUUUACAUUUUGUUAAAAUAGCUGCUAUUGAUCAUUCCAGUCAACCCUGCGUUCUCAGUCUUAUUAAACACUGUCAAUAUCUCUGUGAUUUCAAUAUGCAUUUAUACCUUCUUUGAAAAUGUAAGACCAGAGGAGAGGAUGUUUUAAAAUGUAUAUCUCUACAAAUGGCCUACUAGUCCAUCUACUUUGAAAUGCUUUCCUCUUUCUAGCAGUAAGGAACAAGCUAACUGGCAACCCCCAACAAGAGAACUUGUUUAAGGAAUCUAAGCUCAGUUAUUUCUGGAAUCUAAGCUCAAUAUUUUGUUUUUAUUUAAAAAACAGACACAGAGAGACUUUGGGAACUUUUGAAAUUAUAUUGUUUAAUUUUGUAUUAUUUUAACUGGUGUGGAUGAAUUUCAGGUUGAAGGCAUACAAGACAACUAUUCAGGAGAGAAAGAGAGGUGUGAUAGAGGACAGUAAAAUAUGAGUAGUCUCAUUUUUUCAUCUGUGGGCAAAAUUACAAGCUGAAGGCAUGUAUAGGAAGUAUGGUAAUGCUUUACAUUAACUGCACCUGUACUAUGCAUUCCACAGAACAUUGUUGUAUAAUCAUAUAAUGUUUAUUAUGAAUGUAUAUUAAAGCUGCUAAGGUAUGUUAGGAUGUUAAGGUAUAUGUACAUGCUGCUCAUGAAUGUUCCAUGAAUACAUUAUGAACGCAUUACGAAGGUGCAUUAAAUGUUGUAUGAGUGCAUAAUAAAUGCAUUAUGGAGGUGCAGUUAAUGUAAAGUGCUACCGAAAGCAUUGGGGCCAAUGAUUUUUAAAUAUAUUGUGGAUGGGCAAGUGUAACUGAGGCAUAAACCACAUUACCAGUAUAUAUUUCAUUUAUUAACUUGUAAUUUAUUAAUGAUAUAUUUUCAGUGUUAAGACGUGUUUGAUGAAGCGUAACAAGGGCAACAUCAUCUUUGUUGAAACACUGGUUUAUAUAUUAAUGUUGAAGAGUUUUGAAGCAAGGCAAAUAAGAGCAGGUCGUUCUGAAGAUUGCUUGGGAUUUUUUUCUAUUUCAGAAGCUCACAGAGCUUUUGAGGUACAGAUGGUUAGUUGUGCAAAAUUCUAGUAAAACCCUGAAUUUGUUUUCCUGUAUAUGACCCUGUGGGGGGAUCAGUCCCUGUGGUUUGGCUCUGGAAACAAGUCCCAGGCCUGUUUCUCCCAAUUUCUUCCACAUUUUCUACCUGCAAAAAGACAGGGCUAAACUUCACUUAAGAAAGUCUUAAGAAAGUUAAGAAAUGCAAUGGGCUUAGUUGCAAAACAAUAUUAGUCAAGGAAGGGUCCAUCCUAUUUUUCCAGAAUUUAUUAAUGUCGCUCUAAUACACCAAUGUCCAUGGCCUGAACUCCUGGGCAGGAUGCAUUGGUCUGAGGGCUGAAAUUGCUAUCAUUUUGAUUGGUGGAUUCCGUACCUCAUCACCUGGCCUUAAAUAUAGUAACAGUGUGAUAUCCAGACAGAAAAGGUUAUAACCUACCCAGAUGACUGUUGCACAUUGAGUCUAGUGUAUAGGAUGAAUGAGCAGCAAUUUUAUUCCUCCAUGAGAAGUGACAAUGGACAAUGCCUCCAUCUCCACCUGAGCCUAUCCUCUAAUUGAAGGUACAACAGUCAUAAACUAAAAACAGGAUAUCUUUACUGUAUUGCACGAAUUAAUUGGUUUCAGUGACUUGCAUUCCAUGAAACUGGAAUACUAUGGUUUUACUUAAUGGAUUAAGCUGAUUCUUUAUUAUUCUUCAGCUACAUAUCAUACCCCCUUUAUAUUUAUUUAAUUUGAAACAAAUGCCUUUGUAAUGUGUCCAGUGUCCAUUUUGCUUCACUCUUUUGACAGAUAAUAUAGAAUACACAACAACUGAAACCUCUCUUUAGAUCUGUUGUAACUUACCGUAUUUAUUAUGCUGUCGAUUACCUGGCUUGUGGUCUUAAUUGGAACACUAAUAUGUAAACAGUACAUAAUAUCUUGUGCAACAAAUGAACUACAAAUAAAUAAAAGAUGGCACACGGCAAACUGAAA